CUCCUUAAAUUCACAAACCGCUUCUUCCUUUCUUUCUGCACCGAUCUCACUCCACUGCCCACUAGGAAACCAGAAGAAGAAGAAACAGGGUAAAUUUUCUUUUCCCCAUGGAGCUUCAGCUGGGUCUCGCUCUUCCCACCUCCAAUAACAAAUCCAGCAACAGCUUCAUCUUCGGUAAUGAUAAUAACGAUAUGGGUAAUUACACAAACGACGAGGUGAUCGUACAAUCAUGGCUUCCGGUCGCCAACAAUGGAAGCGAUGGAACAGAGUGUUCUGCUGUCAACAGCAGGAAACGCUGCCGUUUCAUCGAGUCUUUCGAGGACGAUCAUCUUCCCACAAAUCUCAAAACGCUACCCUUAUUGCAAUUGGCCGGAGGAGGCGGCGACGACAACGACGAUAAUUGCUCUGUCGUUCUCAACAAAAUUGAGACGGAGGAUGAAGAAGAAGGAGAUGAAAACGACGGCGACGGGAUUGUGGGGUGGCCGCCGAUUAGUUUCCGGCGGAAGAAGAAGAAGAAGAUGUGGAAUCACAGAGAUCAACUGAUGACGAUGAUGAUCGUCGAUGGGUCUUCUCCUUCUUCCGAGGAAUGUGGAGAUGGACCCACGUCAAUGUACGUCAAGGUGACGAUGGACGGCGUCGGGAUCGGAAGGAAAGUUGAUCUUGCAGUUCACGAUUCCUUCCCUUCCCUUCGACGGCAACUCUUCGCUAUGUUCGGAUUACCGGAAGAGAAUCCCUGGGACGGCGGCGCCGGCGAGUAUCAGCUUACGUAUCAGGAUUCGGAAGGCGACUGGCUAUUAGCUGACGACAUCUCCUGGAGGUACCAGAUCACUCGUUCACGUGAUCCAACUUACCCCAGUGCCGUGACAUUAAAUUACAUAGCCAUAGCUUGCUACCUAGUUAAAUUUCAAGUUGGUGGUGGUGGCAGAGAAUUGACGAUAACAGAGUAUGGUGGUUUGCAGGAGCUUUAUGGGGUCUGUGCAGCGAUUGAGGCUGAUGAGGAGCAGCAGCAGCAGUGGCAGCAGCUAAGUGGAUGA